UAUCACUCGUGGAGUAGGAAGUACAUUGCAAGCAAGACUGCUGUGUACACAUGAGGUGUUUUCUCUUCGGUCCAAAACGUGAGCGCCACAAAGUACUUUUUGAAAAUGAUUUAAACACUGGACGUCAGCUGCAUCUGGCUCUGGACUUCCUGUACUGAUGGGAUGGACUCUGACUCGAAAUGAAUGAAGUUGCAACAAGACUUAUAGCCAUAGUUUGAGGGGGGGGGGAAAGGCUGAAGAAGGAAGUGUGGAAGAGUGUUAUUGAAGCUACUUGGAUGCCAUUUGGACCGCUCCACCUUAAUGGCCUUGGCCACAAGCCAGCUCUAGAGAGAGGCUUUUAUGAGCGACUUUUGAAAUUCUCCUAAACGCACACUCAUACGCACUUCUCAUGGAAGACAAAAAAUCGAUGAUUGGCACCCUGCGACAAAAAGUCAAACUCUUUCGAUACUCGAGGGUGGGCAGUGACAAAAACCCCAACAAGCCAGACGUGAGGGAGGAGCGCUUGCUGGACCAGCGAAUGGGCGAUUCUGUAUUGGACGUCCUGCAGUGCACUCGGACAUCCACCCUCAAAAGUCCCUCCAACAAGCAGCAAGCUGAUGUCCGGCCUUCCUCUGCCUGCUACAGCAGCCCACCCACCCCCCUCAACCUGUCACUGACUAAGAGAGGGGGCGGUACUGGGCUCGCUGAUUCGCUGACCAUGCUGGUGGAUUCAACAGGUUGGCCGUCGCAGGACUCAGUCACAGAUGGCCUGUAUGAGAAGCAGAACUUCUCAGAGGCUACAGAAGAGACGGAGCAGGUGCUGCAGAUGAGGGACCCACCAUCAGAGAGCUUGACAGAGAAGCCGCACUUCGACAGAAAUGGUUCAAAAACGUCUGCCAUACAUGACAGUGAGCAUAAUAAUAUUGUGGAUAUGGGGUCAGAGAUACCUGGAGUGAGUGAGAAUCAGAGGGAAGCUCCGAAAAUGUACCUGCUCACUAUAUGUCUAAAAGAGGGACGUGGACUGGUCAUUAGAGACCGCUGUGGCACAAGUGAUCCAUAUGUGAAAUUCAAACUGGAUGGGAAGACUUUAUAUAAAAGCAAAGUGGUUUAUAAGAAUCUCAACCCUACAUGGAAUGAGUCCUUCUCUUUCCCAAUCCGCAACCUUGACCAGAAACUCUUCAUCAAGGUUUACGAUCGAGAUCUGACAACGGAUGACUUCAUGGGGUCCUGCGGAAUUGUCCUCGGUAAACUAGAACUUGAAAAGAGCAGUGAGAUGGUACUACCACUUGAUGACCCCAACAGCUUAGAGGAUGAUAUGGGUGUCAUUGUAAUUGAUAUCUGUUUAUCUGUGAGAGAUGGCAUAAACAAAAAACAUAGGUUGCUGCAGAAGAAAAGAAAAAGCUUUACGGGAAGUACAACAGAGCAUAACAGACGUCUUGCAGAGUCUCUGAAGAAAAGUCAGCUGUGGACUGGUGUCUUCACCAUCACCCUGGUUGAGGGGCGGGAUUUACCAGUGGACGGACAGGGAGACGUGUUUGUUCGCUUCAGACUUGGUGAUCAGAAAUAUAAAAGCAAGAGCCAGGUUAAGAAGGUCAACACACAGUGGAGAGAAAAGUUUGACUUCAACCAGUUCCCUGAUGGAUCAAGUCUUCUGGAGAUUGAAGUCGUGGGGAAAGAGGGACGAAGAUAUGAGGACUGUUAUGGACAGUGUGAGGUGGACUUGUCAGGGUUGCCAUUGAACAAGGCCACUCUGUUUACGCCUGAGCUGGACCUGAGCCGAGGCAAAGUGGUGUUCCUCGUUACUCCAACUCCUUGCAAUGGAGUUUCUAUCACAGAUCUCGUUGUGCCGCCACUGGAAGAGCCUCACGAGAGAGACAACAUGUUGGUUAAAUACGGUUUCAAGAACUCCUUGAAAGACAUGAGAGAUGUUGGUCUUCUUCAGGUUAAAGUGAUCAAGGCCACUGACCUCAUGGCUGCUGAUCUGAAUGGAAAGAGCGAUCCAUUUUGCAUCUUGGAAUUGGGAAACAACAGGCUGCAGACCCACACAGUAUACAAAACCCUCAACCCUGAGUGGAAUAAAGUAUUUACGUUACCAGUAAAGGACAUUCAUGAAGUUCUGGAAGUGACUGUGUUUGAUGAGGAUGGAGACAAACCUCCAGACUUCUUGGGGAAGGUGGCCAUUCCUUUACUCUCUAUACAUAAUGGGCAGCAGGUUGCUUGUCCUCUGAGGAAAGAGAAUUUGGGAGGACUAUCUAAAGGAACCAUAUUACUGGAGCUUGAAGUUAUCUUCAAUUCUGUCAAAGCAAGUAUCAGGACCUUCACGCCUAGAGAACAGAAGUUUCUUGAGGACAAUGCCAAAUUUUCUAAGAAGGUUCUUGCCAGGAACGUUCUUCGUGUGAGGAACCUUUAUCGUGCUGUGUGCCACGUUAACCAGUUUAUCAAAAGCUGUUUCCAGUGGGAAAGUGUGCAGAGGAGUAUCAUAGCAUUUCUGGUCUUUGUAAUUACAGUGUGGUACUGGGAGUUCUACAUGCUGCCUCUCUACAUGGUUCUGCUCAUCGCAUGGAAUUAUCUGCAAAUCGCCUCUGACAGAGUCAGCAAAGAUCUAGACACCAUGGAGCUAUAUGAAGAUGAAGAUGAGGAUGAAAAGGAAUCUGAAAGGAAAGGUCUGAUGGAGAAAAUCCACAUGGUUCAGGAUAUUGUCAUUGCGGUUCAGAACCUUCUGGAACAGAUUGCAUGCUUCGGUGAAAGAAUAAAGAAUACAUUUAACUGGUCAGUGCCUUUCCUGACAAAUCUGGCCUUCCUGGUUCUCAUCAUGGCCACAGUCAUUACGUACUUCAUUCCAAUACGCUACAUUAUUUUACUAUGGGGUAUACAUAAAUUCACAAAGAAACUACGGAAUCCAUACGCCAUUGAUAACAGUGAGGUUAUGGACUUCCUCUCCAGAGUGCCUUCAGAUGUUCAAAUGGCACAGUUCACAGAGCUGAGCAGCUGUAGUGUACACAAUCCUUCCAGGAGAAGAAGGGCAUCUCCCUAGACAUUAGAAUGAGAACGGCUGGUCUCCUGAGAACAUUCUGUGUAAAAAAAACCUUUGGAGUUGCAUUCGAGGAACACGUCGGGAUUGUUCAGAACUUUAUAAAAAUUGGAUUGCAGCUGAUCUGCUUAUUUUAGUGCAAAUUAUAUUCUGUUUGAGUGAAUAGAUUUCAUCCCUGCUGGUGGUUCAGAUAUCAUGAGAUGGUUCUGGCAUUACCACUGGGCCUUGCUUGAGGAAGGUGCACCUGACAUAAUUACAUAUUAUAAACACUCUAUACAGAGGUAUCUCUGGUCAGCCUUUUGCAUUCAGGGAUGAAGAAAUGUGACUAAGAUAAAUGGAAUUGUUAAAGCCAUCUUGGAAUAGAGUUGUCAUACACUGGGCCUUAAACAUUCAUCUACUGUAUAUAUUGGCAGUGCCUGAAUGUCACAUGUAAGAGUGCAAUACAGUAGUGCUUUACUAUUUUAGAUAUCUCUUUAUGCAUUCCUUUUAUUUUUUCUCAAUGUUUUAUUAUUUUUACUUGUAAAAUUGUUUUUUCAAGGAUAAUACCAGUUUGUACAGUCUCAUUUAAUGGGAGCCACUUAUUUUUGUUGAAUGCAUAUGAAUACAAAAUUGCACUCAUAGUGUAACAUACGAUAUUUAUAUGUGGUUUAGUUUUCACACUCCUUUUUAUUUUGUCAUCAGUUGGUGAAAAGUGCCUUUGACAAACAUUUGGUUAAUUAUACUUAUUUCCAACUACACUCCUUUUACAGUUGAUCUUUUUUGUGCAAUACAAGGUUAUAGAUACAUAGUUUUAUAACUCAAGGGUGGUAAUUGUAGAAAAGAGAAAAUGCACAUUGUACUUUUUUAAUUAGUAUUUUCCAGUGUUCCAAAUCUCUUUAUUAGAUGGAUAUUGUACUGUAAGUAGAGACUGAGAAGUUUCUUGUUGAUAUUGUGUUCAAUCUGCACAAUGCAAACAUGCAAUCAUGAUAAUUUUGCAGUAAACAUCUUUUCUAUUUGUUGACAGAGAUGCUUUGGUGUUUAU